UUGCUCAGCCUCUACUGCUGCAAACAUAAUGUUCCACUGGUGGUUUCCUCUUGUUUUCCUCUUCUUUUACUCUUGCAUGUACAGAUCCAGUGCUUCUCGUCUCGCUGCGUGUUCUGCUCCACCCACCCAGAUAAAAGCCAAAGAUUUCACCCGAGCUGCUGGAAAGCGAACUCUUCUGAGCUCUACGAUACUUCCAAUUCCGCUGCUGCAGCCACAGUUAAAGAAAAUUAUGGCUGUACCUCUCCGUUUCUUCUGCCAUGUCGUCUUUCUACUCCAGCCAUAUGUAAUGAACACAGCUGAUGGGGGAGAAUAUUAUGGACCAAAGCUGCCACCUCAGCAGCAGCUUCAGCCCAUCCCACAGUACAGCGAUGACUUUCCUCAGCAGCAGUUCCUGGGGAACGAGAUGCCACAUUCACCUUUCAGCAAAGGGAUCCCAUCACUGUCUCAGUACAGAAAAGACGCUCCACAACUGCCAGUGCCUUUGCAAAUUGGAAAAACGAGACCAUUGACAAAAGGCAAAGGACAAACCUUUCCAAGGGGAUCUAAAGGUCCUCUUCCUGUUCCUGGUGGGAAAGGUUUCACAGACAGACAUCAAGGCAUCGAAGGCCCCCCUGGACCAGUGGGCCCACCAGGUCCACAAGGCCCCUCUGGGCUUCCAGGACAGGGGAUUCCUGGAUCACCAGGAAAGCCAGGUCCCCCUGGUCCUCAGGGAUACAGGGGAAAUGGAAAACCUGGAAUCCCAGGAUUGCCUGGAAAACCUGGAGGCAAUGGAUUACCAGGAGCAAAAGGGGAUCUUGGACCAAUUGGUGGUCAAGGGCCAACAGGACUUCCUGGGCCUCCAGGACUCCCAGGUCCCACUGGACUCCCUGGAAUUUCAAAAUCAGGAGGCCAGGGGUUACCAGGACUGCCAGGGCAACCAGGAGAACCUGGCCAAAAUGGUCCACCUGGGUUUCCUGGCCCUCAAGGUCUAAAAGGCGAUAAAGGGCUUGGUCUGCCUGGUUUUCCAGGUGUAAAUGGACCUGGUGGGCAACCUGGUCCACCUGGACAAGUGGGCCUCCCGGGCAAUGGCAAACCUGGUCUGAAUGGUGUACCUGGACAACCAGGAUUUCCAGGAAAACCAGGUCCUCCUGGAGAAGCAGGGCUAGUAGGAGCACCAGGUCAAAGAGGCCAACCAGGACUUCCAGGCGUACCAGGAAUAGGAAAACCAGGAAAAGAUGGUGUUAGAGGGUUACCAGGGUUCUCUGGAGGAAAAGGCGAACCAGGGCCUCCUGGUUUAAUUGGACCACCAGGCUUGACAGGUUAUGGUAAAACAGGAUUUCCAGGGCCUAAGGGUCACAAGGGACAUGCUGGUCUUCCAGGACAACCAGGCCCAAAAGGUGUCAGAGGUCAAGUAGGUCAACCUGGAGUUAUUGGUCUAACUGGUUUGACAGGAAUACCCGGUGCACCAGGGCCCACCGGGCCUCCUGGUAGUCUUGGCUUCCCAGGACACAAGGGAGAAGAUGGCACAUUUGGCCCUAGAGGAAAUCUUGGAAUGAAGGGUGAAACUGGACCUCCUGGUCUUUCAGGACAGCCAGGUAGGCCAGGAGAGGGUGGACAACCGGGACAAAGAGGAUUCCAAGGGCCAAUAGGGCCAAAAGGACAAGCUGGGGCUAGAGGUUUACCUGGUGCCCCUGGUGCUGCAGGAUUACAAGGACCAAGAGGAGAGGGAGGAGAGUCUGGAAACAAGGGCCAACCAGGUCCACAGGGGAUUCCUGGACUUACAGGACCAGGGGGACCAAUUGGACCUCCUGGUCGUCCAGGACAAAAAGGUGAAACGGGACCAACAGGUACCCCUGGUUAUCCUGGUAAUGGGACCCCAGGAACCCCUGGUGAAAUUGGCCCUCAAGGAAACCCUGGUCCCAGCGGUCCUCCUGGACUUCCUGGACAACCCGGUCCUCCAGGUCCUCCCGGCCCUCCAGGAAUACCUGCUGAAUCUUUUGACAUUAUUCAAUUCCUCCCUCACACAGGCCCCUACAAUGGACAAGGUCACAAAAAGCCAGGCAAUGGAGUCGAGAUUAGUGGAACCAAGCAGCAGAUUCCUGCAUUCACCUCAAAACUGACAAAUCCAUUCCCUCUAGUAGGUUCCCCAAUCACAUUUGACAAACUUCUCCACAAUGGAAAUCAGGACUACAAUCCACAAAAUGGUAUUUUUACAUGUACUAUACCAGGAAUCUAUUAUUUUGCUUACCACAUCCACUGCAAGGGAGGCAACGUUUGGGUGGCUCUGAUGAAGAACAGUGAGCCAAUAAUGUACACUUAUGACGAGUACAAAAAGGGUUUCCUUGAUCAGGCUUCAGGAAGCGCUGUACUCCCACUGAGAAAAGGAGACACUGUCCACGUAGAGCUGCCAUCAGACCAGGCAGCAGGACUUUAUGCUGGUCAGUAUGUCCAUUCCACAUUUUCUGGACACUUACUGUACUUGAUGUAAUAAGUAGAGGCCAUUGUCAUACAUUAAAAGGGAAAAGUAUCCAAGACUCAGUGUUUGUAGGCCAAUAUUAGGGAAUAUAUGUAGGAAAAACUCAGUGCUUCCGGGUGUCAGGUGCCUAGAGUAGAAAAUAUUGACCCUUUGCAUGUUGUGUUACACUUUUCAGAAAGUGUCCCAUUCUGCCAUGACAGACAUCCAAAGGAUGUAUAUGUCAGUUCCUUUAAAGCUUGUCAAAAAACAUAGUUGAUAGCCUAAUAUGACUUUUAUUUAGUUGAUUUCACUAUAAAAAGGUCAUACAUUGUUGGCUGCAUAAACAGAUAUGGAUGCAAACCAAACUUAUCACUUUAUUGUAUACCUUUUGAAGCGGAAACAAGACAACAAUGGACAAUGACGUCAAUUGUAAGGACUUUCAGCCCUCUGUGCAUUUGCGGGUUUGCAUCAAAUAAGUUUUUCAAGGUUAGCAGACUUAACAUUUAUGGAACUCUCUCCUGGACUAUUUGAGAGCCCCACAAUUAUUGUUCGAUUUUAAAACUGGCUUGAAAACUUAUCUUUUUAGAUAAGCCUACUCCACUUUUAAAUGAUUGUCUUUUUUUUAUUGUUGAUUUUAUUUGUUUUUAGAUGCACCAUGUAUUACUUUGAAAUUUUUAUUAAUGAAAAGUGCAUUAUAAAUUAAAUUGAUUAUUAUUAUUACAUUUGUAAACUUAAUAAGCAAGUAAGUCUAGUAAGAUUCAAUGAAAUAUUAGACAAUGCAUGUGUGUAAUAAUUAGUAAAUAUCCAAAAAAUGCCCCACCAUCAUGUAGCCUACCAUGUACAAACAAUAUUGGUAACCAUCUAGACUUCUGAUUGCUUUUAAGUCUGUUCUGGUGGAAGGAAAGCACUGUUAUGACAUAAUGGUGUAAAUAUUGUGGUGUGAAUUCAGGCAAAGAUGGUGAUUUGAUCGAAUCAGCAAGCAUGUCAGGAGGGAGAAAGUAUGGGUCGGUUUCUAAGUGCUAGCUCUUUCCAACUUUUAUAAAUACCGCUGUCUAUAAGCCCCAACCAGGUCUGUUACUUCCACAGACAAAUUAGUCUGACUUGAAAAAGUAGAAGUCAUAAAUGUACUGGCAAUACAUCUUGGGAAACAAUUUUAGUUACUCCCUUCAAUUUUCUAGUCUCUCACUUCCAAUGUCCAUCAUGGUGCCUCAGUGUGAUCAGGUGACAUAUUUGCAAAGGGUCAAUAUAUUUUGGUGCAAUUAACAUUGGUUUCACUUUUACAUGUUUAAAGCAAGAGGUGAUAGCAACAUGCUACCGUUAGUUAUUAGUUGCCAUAUGCACAUAAUUUGCUGUAAACCUGUUCACCUAGAUAACUGGUUAGCAUUGCUUUAUUCAUUUUACUGUAUUCUGUGCACAAUAAGAACAUAACAUAUAAAAUAAGCCAUUCAUUUAUUCAAAAUAUACUGUCAACAUGUA